AUGUCCUCCUCCUCCUCCUCCUCCACCCAAGCCAUCACCACCCUCACCCUCACCUCCCUCCCCAAGCUCUCCACCGGCAAGGUCCGCGACCUCUUCGCCCUCGACGACGCCUCCCUGCUCUUCACCGCCACCGACCGCAUCUCCGCCUACGACGUUGUCCUCGCCAACGGCGUCCCCGGCAAGGGCCUCAUCCUCACCCAGAUCUCGGCCCACUGGUUCGCCGUCCUCGAGCAAAAGGUCCCCGGCCUCAAGCACCACCUGCUGUCCCUCUCGGCCCCCGCCUCGGCCCCCCUCACGCCCGAGGAGCGCGCCCUGCUGAGGGGCCGGACCAUGGUCUGCCGUCGGCUCAAGGUCUUCCCUAUCGAAGCCAUUGUGCGAGGCUACAUCACCGGCAGCGCAUGGAGUGAAUACACCGCCAAGGGAACCGUCCACGGCAUCCCCCAGCCGCCCGGCCUCCAGCUCUGCAGCCCAUUCCCCAACGGCCCCAUCUACACCCCGUCCACGAAAGCCCCCGCGGGCGAAAAGGACGAAAACAUCUCCCCCGAGCAGGCCGUCUCCAUCGUCGGCGAAAAGUACGCCGCUCGCAUCCAGGAGCUGAGCUUGGCCGUGUACAGCGCCGCCGCCGCGUACGCCCUCGAGCGCGGCAUCAUCGUGGCCGACACCAAGUUUGAGUUUGCCCUCGACGAGGCAACCGAUGAAGUCGUCCUGGUCGACGAGGUCCUGACCCCUGACAGUUCGCGGUUCUGGAACGCCGCGGAGUGGAAGGCGGGCAGCGAGGCCCCCUCCUACGACAAGCAAUACGUCCGAGACUAUCUGACCAGCUCAGGGCUCAAGGGCAAGCCUAACGUCGAGUUACCUCCCUCGGUCGUCGAAGAGACUGCGGCCAAAUAUAGAGACGUGUUUCAACGCCUUACGGGCAAGUCGUUGGAGCAAGCGUUGGCAGCCUUGGAAAAUUAA